CAAGUUACAAUGACGUAUAGCCCAUGCUGUGCUCAGAGACCAGUGCAUGCACGUCCUGUGUACUUAUUUGACUCCAAUCCCAGAAUAGACUGCUAAUGACCCUAUAAUAACUAGGGGAGUUAAAGACCUUUGCGAGAGGAGCCUCUGUCCGUCAGUGAGACCUCACGAACAGUCUGUGGCCCUCUACAUCCUUACAGAUCCCCAACAUUUUUGUCCAUAGACAACAUUGGGAUUUCACAUGGUCUGAUGUUGGCUGCAUUGCUGCUGCUGCUGCUGUGCUUUCAAGGAGCUUCCUUUAAGUGGGGCAAAUGCGUCAGAAGCGCAGAAAGUCAUUUAGUAAAAUCUUGAAGGUGGUCCUGUUGAGAGGACAUUUAUAAAUGGGGUCGUUGAGGAGGCCCCCAAAUGGCUGAAUUGGGCCUGUAAUGCCAUUUUCUAAGCUGAGAAUGCUCAGAGCAGGCCUAGAGAUGGGAGUGCCAGUAAUCAAGUAGUUUAAUUAGAGUGAGGAAUGUGAAUUUACUUCACGGUGAAGUAAAAGCACAGGUUAUAUACUUAAAUCACAGCGAGGGAAGGGAGGGGGGCGAAGGUGGAUUACAGCCAUUUAGAGGUUUCCCACCAGAAACCCUUAAGCUCCACAAUACUGUAAUUAUGGUGUCAAGUCUUUGGGGAAUGUGACUGCCUCCCGUAAAGUACAGAACCAGAGAGGGAACAGGUUCUACAACCUGUGAUUCUAUUCACUUAAGGUCCAAGGAUUGUGAGUGUUGAUUAAUAAGUUCAAGCUGCAUAGUGAGCUUGUAACUCCCAAGCCAGAGAGGAAGCUCUUCAGAAAACUAAACUAUUGGUAUAUUCAUUACACGUUGAUUAAUGUGAAAGUUAUAAAUUCCUUCCUCAGUGGUGACAAUUGGGUGGGGACGGGAGCAUCUCAAUCAUCGUUGAGUCUUCGUCAAGAGGGAACACUGUCCUUAAUGGUUUCUCAUUCUUGCCAUUUUGGUGCUUCUCAAGUUCUAUAUUUGCAUGUCAAAUCUUCAAUUUGGUCUUGUCAUCAAUAACACUUGAGUCCUCAUUCUGCCCACCCUCUCCCCCCUCGUGGUAAUUCUGGAUCCCAAGCACUCCGUUCCUUUACUGUGGUGACUCUAAUCCCUCGGGAGCCUAACUGUGGCUUCAUGGCGCAGGAAUACUGUCGACCUGGAAGCUCCGGUGUUGGGGUACCUUCAUGGGGUGACUGGUGGCUUCUUUCAUCGUCUGCUUAAGGAACGGGCAGUUUUAGGAAUUCUUAAAACUGCUUUCAAGUAGUUCACUGCUUAAAAAGAUCUCUCCUUGAUGUAUUUUGAGGCAGUUGCUUUCCUUAGGACACACAGGAUAGUUCACGUUUUUUCGUUUUUUUUGACUUCCCGCGGCAUCAUUAGCUUCCACUCAGCCCACCCCACUUUCACCGCAGUGCCCAAGACUGCAGUUCAGGAACAAGCCUCAGGGCACGUGGCUUGCCCAGACGCGGGGCGGCCCUUCCCCCACUGAUCACGUGGGCCGAGUGAGGCCUCCUGCCGGCCGCUCGCGGUUUUGUCCAUGUGCUUAUUCCAAGCCUGGGUUCUUUCCCUCUCCUGGAGAGCCCAGUCCGUGAUCCUUAGCCUGGUUUUUCGGGUCUCCCUCUAAUUCCGCAAAUGGCUGAUCCUUCCCUACGUUGCCCGCCGCUCUAGCUUCCCCUUCCGGGCCUAUUUCCGGCUCCAGCGGGGCGUGCCUUUGCAGCCUCGCUCGGGCAGAGAGGCCUGCUUUGAGGGGCGGGGCUCAGUCGCUGGGCGUGGCCACGUGACUCUGCACCUGCGCCCUGUGCUUCUCCUCGGGCCCGGCCCCCCGUGGGUGACGCGUCAGUGCGGGGCGGGGCUUCCCUGAGGAGGAUGUCCGGGCCGGAGGCUCAGAGCCCCUCAUGUUCGCGGCUGUGGGACUUCCCCUCGCCUGCGAGAGGGAUUCCGCCUCCGGGUCCCUGCUGCACAUCCGACCCCCGGCGGACUCCGCUGUGGGGCUCGGCCGAGCGCGGCCUGCCCUUGCCCGGCGGCCACCGCCCCUGGUCGGGGCCCGGGCCCAGCAGCAGCUCCUGGUCGGGGCCUGGGCCCAGCAGCAGCCCCGGCCCUGUGCGGUGGAGCAGCAGCGGCCGCAGCGUGCCGGGCAGCGCCCCCCGGGCAGAUCGAGAUUCAUACUUUGGGGACAAAAGUUCUUUUGCAGAAAAUGUUAGUGCACUGAAUUUUACCUCUGUUGCAAGUUCAUCUUCAGCAAGAGAUAGCAGUUUUGCUCCAGUCAUAAAGACACCAUCGGCUUUUGGUAAUCCUCCCAGAUCCAGUUAUGGAAGUAAGACACCUCAAAUGGGACAUUCAGUUACGUCCUCAUCUGCAGUCUCGACUCACUCUGUUACCUCGGUUAUUGUCGCGGUUGUCGAAGGGAGAGGGCUUGCCAGAGGGGAAAUAGGAAUAGCAAGUAUUGAUUCGAAAAGGCCUCAAAUUGUGUUAUCCCAGUUUCCUGACAACACGACAUAUACCAAGGUAAUUACCAAACUAAAAAUUUUAGCACCAUUGGAAAUAAUAAUGUCUAACACUGCCUGUGUUGUGGGAAAUUCGACUAAGCUCUUCACCUUAAUUACAGAGAACUUCCAGAACGUGACUUUCACUACCAUUCAAAGGAAAUACUUCAACGAAACUAAAGGGUUAGAGUACAUCGAGCAGUUAUGCGCAGCAGAAUUCAGCACUGUCUUAAUGGAGGUUCAGUCCAAGUACUACUGUCUGGCAGCUGUUGCUGCUCUGCUGAAAUACAUGGAAUUUAUUCAGAAUUCAGUGUAUGCACCAAAGUCAUUGAAGGUUUGUUUCCAGGGCAGUGAGAAGACAGUCAUGAUAGAUUCCUCAUCAGCUCAAAACCUCGAAUUGUUAGUUAAUAAUCAGGAUUGCAGGAGCAGCCACACUCUCUUUGGUGUUCUCAAUCACACCAGAACGCCAGGUGGGAGCCGAAGACUUCGCUCCAACAUCCUAGAGCCCCUAACGGAUGUUGACACGAUCACCAUGAGACUGGACUGCGUUGAGGAACUUCUCCAGGAGGAGGAACUCUUUUUUGGUCUUCAGUCAGUUAUUUCAAGAUUUCUGGAUACAGAACAGCUGCUUUCGGUUCUUGUACAGAUUCCAAAGCAAGACACGGUUAAAGCCGCUGAAUCAAAGAUAACAAAUUUAAUUUACCUAAAGCAUACUCUAGAACUUGUGGAUCCUUUAAAGGCAUUGCUGAAGAAGUGUAACACCCCUUUAUUAAAGGCUUACUGCAGUUCCUUAGAAGACAACAGGUUUGGAACUAUACUUGAAAAAAUUAAAACAGUUAUUAAUGAUGAUGUAAGAUACUUGAAAGGAUGUCUGAACAUGAGGACUCAGAAGUGCUAUGCAGUGAAGUCAAACAUAAAUGAAUUUCUUGAUAUCGCCAGAAGAACAUACACCGAAAUCGUAGACGACAUAGCAGGAAUGAUAACACAACUUGGAGAAAAAUACAGCCUGCCUUUAAAGACGAGUUUUAGCUCUGCUCGAGGAUUUUUCAUUCAGAUGAACAUGGAUUGCACAUCACUACCCAGUGGUCAACUUCCCUCUGAAUUUAUUAAGAUUACUAAAAUGAAAAACACAUAUAGCUUCACAUCAACAGAUUUGAUUAAAAUGAAUGAAAGAUGCCAAGAGUCAUUGAGAGAAAUCUAUCAUAUGACUUACAUGGUGGUGUGCCAGCUGCUUGGUGAGAUUUAUGAGCACAUUCACUGCUUGUAUAAACUCUCAGACAUUGUGUCCAUGCUGGACAUGUUGCUGGCGUUUGCUCAUGCCUGCACUCUUUCUGAUUAUGUUCGCCCUGAAUUCACUGAUACUUUAGCCAUCAAACAGGGAUGGCACCCUAUCCUUGAGAAGAUAUCUAUGGAAAGGCCUGUGGCUAACAAUACUUACAUUACUGAGGGGAGCAAUUUCAUUAUCGUGACUGGGCCAAACAUGAGUGGGAAAUCGACAUAUUUAAAGCAAAUUGCUCUUUGUCAGAUUAUGGCCCAAAUUGGCUCAUUUGUCCCAGCAGAAUAUUCUUCAUUUAGAAUCACUGAACAAAUUUUCACUAGAAUCAGUAUGAAUGAUGAUAUAGAAACAAAUUCAUCAACGUUUAUGAAGGAAAUGAAAGAGAUAGCAUAUAUACUCCAUAAUGCUAACGACAGAUCACUCAUCCUAAUUGAUGAGCUUGGCAGAGGUACUAAUACAGAGGAAGGCAUUGGCAUCUGUUACGCGGUCUGUGAAUAUCUGCAGAGCUUGAAGGCAUUCACGCUGUUUGCUACUCAUUUCCUGGAGCUGUGCCAAAUGGACAUCUUGUUUCCCAAUGUUGAAAAUAUCCAUUUUGAAGUACAGCACGUGAAAAGCGGCCUGAGAAGCCGAGAGUCGAUCACAUACACCUACAGACUUUCUAAAGGACAUACAGAAGAAAAGAAUUACGGGAUCAAAGCUGCUGAAGCAUCGUCACUCCCACAGUCAAUUAUUUCUGAUGCAAAAGAGAUCAGAGCUGAGAUCACUAGGCAGAUUACGGAACAGCAAAGCCAGAGCAGCCCUGCUGAAGCCUCCAGACAGAGGGCCGUGUACCAGCUGGCCACCAGGCUCCUUCAGACGGCCAGGAAUUCCCAGCUGGAUGCGAAGAACUUGCGCCUUUACUUGAGAGGCCUCAAGACCAAGUUUGGAGCAGCUUUGUCUGUGGCUGGACGAGGAUCAGAAGAGCCUGAGGAGAGAUAAGUGACGUUCCCCAAGCCACCUACAUCUAGAUGAAGGGGACUCAAAUUUAUUUUUUCCAGAGCAACAUCAAAUGAUGAUCUGUAUCAAAUUUUUGUAUUUUUCUUUUGUAAUCUACAGUAUAAUCUGGGAUAAAUUUAUGUUUUUAAUAGAAUGAGUUUUACAUAUGUUAGGUGAGUAGGUGGCGCAAGGGAUAGAGCGCCAGGCCUGGAGUCAUAAAGAUCUGAGUUCAAAUCCAGCCUCAGAUACUCACUGGCUGUGUGACCCU